UGGUAGGAAGGCUUAUGCCCCAGACAAAAUGGCUCAGUGUUUACACUUAGCAGUAACCCAAACACCGAAUGCCGUAAGCAACGAAGAGUCCGCAGGCUGAUACAAAGCACUCGUUUGUUUGUUUUUUCCAACGGCAGUGAGGCACGUUCGCGUGUAUUUUUGUUUGCGCAAAACUGUUGUUUGCGAACAAUACCCUUUACCAGCAUGCACUAGUGAGGCGAGGAAACGCACAUUUGGACGUAUUCUGCGGAAUUAAACGCAGUUAAUUUCGCUCCGCUGCCGUACGAGUACAAGUACGCUUCGGAAACCGUGUUUUUUCUGUGUUGCUUGCGCUUGCGCCAGCUCUGAAUUCUGGGCGAGACUACGGAAUUGGUUUCUGCUGCCUUCGACACACUAUUUGCCAGCGAAUCUUUCUGCGUUGUACAUCUGUAUAUUUCUAUAAUAGCCUGAAUAGCAUGAAUAGCAUGCAUGUAACACCUAUGGUCGUUUAGGAUAAUACACACACACACACACAUCCCACUCCCAUCACCCGUCUCCCGUCCCUGCGUAGCCAGCACUACACACCUCUCUCCUACGUCCAUCUCCUCACCUCCUUCCUCCCUCCCUGCUUCUCCCUCGUCUCCCUAGUCCCUCUCCUCCCACGGAGCACCCUCGGCGAGCUGCUGGAAUACCUCGCCGAAUAAAGUCCCCGACCGCCGCAUGGGUAGCUGCUAGAUGACCGACACGGUCCGGCAGUUCACCGAGCCGAAUCCCAAGGACAGGUGCCGUUCGUGCUGCGUGUCGGAUCACGAGCAAUGCACGUGCAUCUCCACGAUAAUCCAAACUCCCCGAAACGCUGUACCCCGCAUACGACGUGGCCCGAGAACAAGACGGUUUCCGAUUGGCAUUCACGUGGGUAGACGCAAAACAAGCUCGGUGCCCCCACUCAGCCCACCCGGGAAUCCGCGGCGCUUCCUCCCCAGGGGAGCCUGGUGCGUGCCUUUGGGGAGCCAACGCAUCCCCAUCCCACUGGCACAGUCAAUUCAAUUAACCCCACGGGCCCCGCUGAGCCUCAAGCGCCUCACUGGCUCUCUCUCUCCUCAGGCCUCUUGGUGCCCCCGUUCGUGAAUGUGGGGUACCUCUGGUCCCCACUCGAAAGCCGUGUCUGGACCGGAGGGCUCAACGUAAACAAACCCAACACACAGCGUCAUACACACCACCAAUCAGCUGCUGCUGUGCGUCACGUUCAGCCAGCCGCGACUGAUACGCCCAGCGGAAGCAGAAUGAAAUGAUUAGCCAUACGUAACGCUGCAGGUGACAAUGUCUGAUUCGCAGUAGGGAUUCGAGUCGCCGAGUGCGAAACCGUCGGCCAGAAAUUCCGUCCGCAACUGGUGCUUGAUCCUCGUCAUGCGGUUGUUUGGCGACAGCUCAGUGGUUCGUGUGUUUACAUUGGGCUGUUGCGACAACGACGCUGCUCCAUUUGGGCUUCUUGUUCACCAACCACACGUCAUAGCCUCUAAGCGACAUACGUCAUAUGUAAAAGUGUACAAACUGAAUCGGG